AUGGCACUUCUCGGCACGGCUACUGCUACUGCUACUGCUACUGCUACUGCUACUGCUACUGCUACUGCUACUGCUACUGCCACUGUCACUGUCACUGUCACUGUCACUGCCCGUCAUAUGGAUGUAAAGAUGUUUGAAGCGACGCCUUUCAUCAUGGCCCAGAAUAACCCGGUCCAGGAGAUGGAAGUGGCUAUGGCCAGCCUUCUCAUCCGCACGCCCUCCAUUGUUUCACGUCCUCUGGGUGAAAUCAUCAACAGCGAGGAGAUGCUGACCACCCGAGAACUAUCCAUGUUCAUCGACCUUGCUCGUCUCGAAACCCAAGUCGAGCAUCGCGAUGCAGAACUGAUGCCUGAGUUCUCCGACUGGCGCAGAUUCUGGCGUAUGGUCUUCCGACGAUGGAACACUACCCACCCGGAUAACGACAAUCCUCAAGUUGUGGGCAAUGUCUCCGCCGAGACCUCUGUCAAGGUUGGUACCUUGAUAUGCGACCAUCCUCCCAACAAGGCCUUUCCAGGACCUCAACCUAGAUGGCGUUCGGAGGGAGCCGAUGUCUUCCUCGGAGUCUUUGUCCCCCAGUGGCAGAACUGGCUGGACUUUGUGUGGAGAGACUCCAAAGGGAAACCUGUUAAGCCAUCGCUUGUCAAGCUCGACAUGAACAUUCACGAAUGUUUCGAUCUUGCUAUCUCACGAUACGACCGCUGCGUACAAGAUCGUAUUGAAAGGUACAAUGAGGAUUGUAUCAUCGCUACUGCUCGCCGUCGUCUUGUCAACUUCGCGAAAAGGGGCACUGACCACGAGCCCAACAUCAAACCUGGAGACGAAGCACCCCUUCUAAUGCCGAUCGAGCUUGCUGGCAACCGUGCUGAUAGUAUGUCUGGUACCUUCGCUAGCCUCAAGCGACUGCGCGACCAGCGAGUCAAUUAA